UACAAAAAAAUAGCCAGGGCGGUAGUUCAAGAUGGCGGCGCCCAAUGGCACUAUGAGCGAUUCGGAAAGCAGUAGCCCCAAAAGCGAUGCGGAGGAGCUGGCGCGGUGCCGCGAGGCAGCAAUGCCGGCCUGGGGCUUGGAGCAACGGCCGCACGGGGCAGUGAAGCCAAGAGCCGGUGCUACAGAUAACCAGUUGUCAACCUCCCAACCGAGUCUCAGGCCUAAGGUGGAUGAACAUGAACAAGAUGGCAACGAGCUUCAGACCACCCCCGAAUUCCGAGCCCACGUAGCCAAGAAGCUGGGAGCCCUGCUGGACAGCUUCAUUACCAUCUCAGAAGUAGCAAAGGAGACAACAAAAGCUCAGGUACAGAAAGUCGCUUCAGAGGAUGAUGGUUUCCGCCUUUUCUUCACUUCUGUCCCUGGAGGCCGUGAGAAGGAAGAGUCGCCCCAACCCCGCCGAAAGCACCCGCCCUCCAGCUCCAGCAGUGAGGACAGCGACGAGGAGUGGCGGCGGUGCCGGGAGGCAGCUGUGUCGGCGUCGGACAUCCUGCAGGAGUCAGCCAUCCACAGCGCUGGCACGGUGGAGAAGGAGGCAAAGGAGAAAAGGAAGUCGAAAAAGAAAGCCAAGAAGGUGGCGGUAGUCGCCACCGCCGCCCCCAGCACGGCCACAGUCCAGAAGCAGAAGUCAGGUGAGCUUACCAGGAACCAGGUGUCACUUGGAACCAAAAAGAAGAAAAAGGCAAAGAAGGCCAGUGAGGCCUCUUCAUUCCCACCAGCAAAGAGUGCCACAGCGGUGCCUGCAAACUGAACCAAGCUGUGGGCACAGGGCUCAGCUCCAAGGACGGGGUGCCCGGGGACAAGGCAUUUCCAAGCCCCACCUCCCUCUCCAAGUUCAAGGACUGGGCUGGCAAGUCUAGACUGCCCAUAAGACCCUGAUGGUGAUGAGGGCUUGCCCAAGAGUCGGGUCAAAAAAGUGGCUGUGGGUGAGAAGCCCAACACGGCCUGCCUGUCUGUGCUCCCAUGGGGGGCUGGGGACCUGUGGUUCCAGAACAUUGCAUGGCCUCAGGAAAAGGAGCCUUCCAGUUAUUUGAGACUAGUGGCCAAGUGGUGAAACCUCUGUCUCCCUAGAACUGUCUGAGGUGGGCAGGGUAAGGGAGACCUCCUUCC